AUGGCAAACCCUUUCUUGAGCCUAUACAAGUUCUGCUAUCAGGUCUACUAUUUCAUCAGCGUUGGCUUCGUUCGGUUGCCUGCUGACCUCAUUGCCAAUGCCGGCCGCUCUGGCGAGCGCAGGUACGCAUUUCAAGAGGCUAUCCUGCUUUCCCUCUCAAAGCAUGUCCUUCACGUCUUGGUCUCCGUCAACGGCGGUGUUCGUGGGCAAUACUUGUCCGAGCAGACAGACGCGGAGCGUACGAAACGUUUUCAGUCCAUCGGAUCCAUGCCCGACGUCAUUGCAGGUGUGGAAGAGCAGCGUCUCAAGGGUCACAUUGCAUUCGCACUUCGCGUGCUUGCCAAAGCUACCCAAGCACCUCGCAAUGCAGGUGAGGUGGCGCAAUCUCAAACGCACGCUAAUUCCAAAUCUUCCAGAGAUCUCCUCGCCAAACCUGUGCCCGUCGGAAUCUUUUGGACGGGUGAGCGCGCGUCCAAGCUGAAACAGUCGCCUGCUCAACCUGGAGAGAAAGUGGUGCUGUGGCUCCACGGGUGAGCUUUACCUAGCUUUGCGCACAUGACUCAGAUUUUUCGAAGGCCUUGCGCUGAAGUGUCUCGUUGUGCUUGUCCUGAUCUUCCCAACGCGCUCAAACCGUUUCAGAGGUUACUAUUUCCUUGGCACAGCAGAGACGAACAGCAAGACUGCCUACUCCACUUUGACUUUGGAUUAUCUCGAUGCAAGCCGGCGGGCGGGCGCCGCUGCAAGUGCGGGAUCGAGCAUCUUGGCAAUCGAGUACCGCAAAUCCGACAGAGCGCCCUGGCCGGCUCCUUUGAUCGACGCGCUCGCAGGUUGGAACUAUCUCACUGAAGAGCUGGACUUUAAACCUGAAAACGUCAUUCUCAUGGGGGAAUCUGCGGGUGCUCAUCUGGCUCUCGCCUUGACGCGGUACCUCAAAGAGAAUCUGAAUGUUCUGCCUGGUGCGAACAUCCUUGCGUGUGUGAGUUGUCUCAUCCAUUUCCAUGUCUGCUCUCAUUCUGCGAUGACUUGAACCGUGUUGACGUGAAUAGUCUUUUUCUCGCUGCAGCCAUACCUAGACUUGACUGGGGCUUUGGCAAAGUGCGUUUCAAGAUCGCCCGGGUUCGAUCGCCUUCAUGCAUCAUGCAUCGCUAUCGUGACAUCUUGCUAAGCUCUUUGUGCCCAUUGCCCCCUCCUGCAGAGAUCCAAAGGGAUCUGCCGCGAACAAUGCUGCCGUGGACUGGUUGAGUCCUGUGGCAGAUGCUUACGCUAGAGCCAAAUUGGUUCCGGAGUACCUGGGAAGCUCGGAGAGGAAACAGCUUUUGCAGAGCACCUAUCUUAGCCCGUCCUAUCCCUCCUCAUCAAUCUAUGGCGCAGAAGGGGAGCAAGUUUCCGAAGCAUCCGUCUAUGAAAAUUGGUGUCGCACCUUUGUUUUCGUCGGGUGCGUCGCUGCGAGCAAAAUUCAGUAGCGAGAACAUGCCAAUGAGGGUGGGGGCGCCAGCAGCUGACCAAAUGCCCCUUCCGUUCCGUACAUUUUGGUGUUGCUGUUGCGCAAACGGGACGCGCGCGCUUUUCUUCUUUGCAGCACCAACGACAUUCUCUUUGACCACUCUGACAUUCACGAGAGGCGCAUGCGACUGGGCAAUGAUGGCAAAGUGUCGGACAAGAAGUUCUACGAGCGAUUCAACGUUGCCGGAGCUCCACACGCUUUCCAUAUGCUUCCGCCCCCCUCUUUUGCCUCUCAGCGCAAAGAGGCUGCUGAUCGCGCCGUGCGAUGGAUCUCUUUGGUCUGA